AUGCAGUGGCCAUCCAUUCUUCUGUUGACAGCCUCCAUAGCUAUUACACCAUUUGCAGCACCUCUCGAUGGCCCCACCUCAGAUCUCUAUGAGAACACAACGGUGGCAGCCGACGCGGAAGUCAACGUGGCUUCCACCAAGUACGUUUGGUCUGGUCUCGGCGACUCAUGGGCGAGCGGCGUCUCAUACGGUUUCUUCGGAACCACCGACUACGACGGAAACAUGGACCACUGCCUCCGAAUAAAUCAUGCGUACGCCGCACAGAUGAGCCACGAUAACUCCUGGAUCCCCGAAGGCCGCGAGCAAGAGUUCCACUUCCAGUCCUGCUCAGGCACUCGCUGGCGACAGAUCGACGCCCAAGCCGCAUCUGGGCCAUAUCCAGCUGAACGACGUCCCUGA